AUGACGUCAAAACCGGCCACUAGGGGCAACGCCCCCUCCCUUCAGACCCCUCCCUUCAGCCCCCGGUCCCCUCCCUUCAGCCCCCUCCCUUCAGCCCCCUCCCUUCAGCCCCCGGUCCCCUCCCUUCAGACCCCUCCCUUCAGCCCCCGGUCCCCUCCCUUCAGCCCCCUCCCUUCAGACCCCAGACCCCUCCCUUCAGACCCCUCCCUUCAGACCCCGGUCCCCUCCCUUCAGACCCCAGACCCCUCCCUUCAGACCCCUCCCUUCAGCCCCCUGCCCCCUCCCUUCAGACCCCUGCCCCCUCCCUUCAGACCCCUCCCUUCAGCCCCCUCCCUUCAGACCCCUCCCUUCAGACCCCCGGUCCCCUCUCUUCAGACCCCUGCCCCCUCCCUUCAGCCCCCUCCCUUCAGACCCCUGUCCCCUCCCUUCAGCCCCCUCCCUUCAGACCCCUGUCCCCUCCCUUCAGACCCCUCUCUUCAGACCCCUCCCUUCAGCCCCCGGUCCCCUCCCUUCAGCCCCCUCCCUUCAGACCCCUCCCUUCAGCCCCCGGUCCCCUCCCUUCAGCCCCCUCCCUUCAGACCCCAGACCCCUCUCUUCAGCCUCCUGCCCCCUCCCUUCAGCCCCCUCUGUUCAGCCCCCUGCCCCCUCCCUUCAGCGUGUAUUUUUAGACCUCUGGUCAUCCCCGGCCUAGACAUGGUGUCCCCCCCAAACCCCAACGCAGCCUCUGGUCAUCCCCGGCUAGACAUGGUGUCCCCCCAAACCCCAACGCAGCCUCUGGUCAUCCCCGGCCUAGACAUGGUGUCCCCCCCAAACUCCAACGCAGCCUCUGGUACUCCCCGGCCUAGACAUGGUGUCCCCCCCAAACCCCAACGCAGCCUCUGGUCAUCCCCGGCCUAG